AUGUUCCGUGUCGGAUUCGUAUCCUCUGUGCGACCUCUCGCAUCUCCAUCGGUCGCCCAAGCUGCCCGAUUCCCCCAAACUACAGCCUUCCGGUACUUCAGCAACCUACGACCUAAUGUUAUUGCUACAACUCAGAAGCGUUUCUCUCGUUUCACUUCAUUUCGCACAUUUCUGACGGACUCCUCUCCCGUCGUUGUCCGACCAACGCAAGCGCAGGCGUGGAAACGAUAUGGUGUAACUGCUGCUACGGUUGCAGGCACAAUAAUUGUCGUCAAUGCAUUCUUCAAUCGUGAGACUAGAGAGUCUCUGUCUCCGGCUGAGCAGUCAUACCUCCAUGAGAGUUUUAUGUACGCCGGUGGUGGUCUCGGUAUCACCGCUCUUGUUGCCCGCUCAAUGUUUAAGAAUGGGUUUGCAUUCCGGGUGAUGUCAGCGAAUCCCUGGGUAGUCCUUGGUGUUAGUCUGGUUGGCAGUAUAGGAACCAUGAUGGGUGUAAUGUAUACUCCCCCUGAGAACACAAUACUAAAGCAUGCUUUCUGGCUCGGCUUCAAUGCAUGUCAAGCGGCUACGCUCAGUCCUCUGUUCUUCUUCAGCCCUGCUAUUCUCUCCCGGGCAGCCCUGUAUUCUGCUGGGGUUUUCGGCUCCCUUUCCUACAUUGGAGCUACGGCUGCUAACGACAAGUACCUGUACAUGGGCGGUCCCCUCCUGGCAGGGGUCACGGUCGUCGCUUUGAGCUCCCUUGCUCCUAUGGCGCUUCCCUUGGGUAUGCGUGGUCUCGCUGUAACUGAGGCCAUUUCACUCUACGGUGGUCUUGCGGUAUUCGGUGGAUUUAUUCUCUUUGAUACGCAAAAAAUUCUGCAGCAUGCACGGAUGGCUGAGCGAGGCACCGUCCCUCGCGACCCCAUGCGGGAAGCUAUUAGCCUCGAGCUGGACAUGAUCAAUAUAUUCAUCCGUCUUGUACAAAUCCUUGCGAGGCAGCAAAACAAGAAAUAG